AUGUCGAUCAGUCCAUAUUCCAGUCUGUUCCCAGAUGACAAAGCAAGAAUGCUUUGUACUAGGAUCAUGAAAGUUGAUAGGGAGUUUGGUCAUUGCCACUAUUUAUUUGAGGUCAGUAGGUCAAAGUCACAGUCUGCUGAUAAAGGGGUCAACAAGUUGGAAGACGGAGCCAAAGCUGGAGUGAAACAGAUAGAAGAAUCUGCUGAUAAAGGAGCCUACAAGUUGGAAGACGGAGCCAAAGCUGGAGUGAAACAGAUAGGAGAAUCUACUGAUAAAGGGGUUAAUAAGUUGGAAGUCGAAGCCGAAGCUGGAGUGAAACAGAUAGAAGAAUCUACUAAUAAAGGGGUGAACAAGUUGGAAGACGGAGCCAAAGCUAGAGUGAAACAGAUAGAAGAAUCUGCUGAUAAAGGGGUCAGAAAAUUGAAAGACGGAGCCAAAGCUGGAGUGAAACAGAUAGAAGAAUCUGCUGAUAAACGGGCUUACAAGUUGGAAGACGGAACCAAAGCUGGAGUGAAACAGAUAGAAGAAUCUACUGAUAAAGGGGUUAAUAAGUUGGAAGUAGAAGCCGAAGCUGGAAUUACAAAGAUUUCAGCAAAAACGGAUGAAGCAUUAAAGCAGAUUGAGAAAUCAACAACAGCGAACAAAGAAGAUAAAUACAACAAGGUAAAAGAAGGAACACCAAAGGGAGGGAAGGAACCAAACGUUUUAAGAAGACUGUUUGGAAAAUUACCAUUCAUGAGCCGACAAAAGAAAGAGGGUAAUGGUACAAAACAGGCAGAAGAAGAUGCAUAUGUUCGACGAAAAGAAGGUAAGUUACAAUAUUGAUAAUGUUCACUUGCAAUUAUUUCUUCCUGUCUAAUAAUAGUCUUCGUGUACUCAAGGAUAUACAAAAUUGUUUGAAACAAUUCUUGAUAUUGUAGAGGUUAAUAUUUACUAAAUGGCAAAGGUAAUCUACCAAACUGGUAUUCCGUUUGGUAAUUCAAAUCAAAAAAAAUUAAUGUAUCAUAUUUUGGAAGAAAUUAUCCUGUCAUCCUAUUUUCCGGUAUUAAUGGGAAGCUUUUAUAUAUGAAACCUUAUCCUAAAAACUUUCAGUAUCUAGAAUAAUACUGUCAGUAUCAAAUUACAAACGGUGCACGUUCCUGGAAAAAUAGGCGGAAAAUGUUCGUACACUAAAGGUGUUUUUUUUUCAAGUUGAAAUGGUCAUGUUUUGGGGAGUACAUAACUUUUAAUCAAAAUAUUACCAAUUUGGCAGAAAUAUAAAUAUCAGAUAAUUACUGAUAUAUCCUUUCAUUUAAUGCAUGAACAACUUGUUUUUGAAACUAUCUAUCUAUAUAUCUCCACACUUAUCAUUUACAAACAUUAUGAGUGAAACGAGUAAAUCAAUUAAUUUGCCCAUACAAUCAGACUUUAUGUGUACAUGAAUUUGAUAUGAUAAAAAAGCUGUAAAUCCAAAGGCUGGUUUUAUUUGCAACAAGGAAAGAGUUACUUAAGCGUAACAAAAUAUCAGCAACACUGUAUAUAGAAACAUGAAACCACCAUUGUAACUUAAACCAACUGGAUAAUACAAA